GAAUUUACCUGAAUUCGAUUUUUGCUUUAACACGAUAUAUAAAGACCACACCUAGAACUAGACGUCAGAAGUACAAGUGGUCCAAUGACUUGUUAGUUUUCUCUGGUGGACAUAUUGGAUUUAAAGAGGCUCAACCGUUUAGGAAAAGACACGGGGCUUACGGAGUUGAAAAAUACUAUUGAAUUUGCGGUUAUCUAGUGAAAGUAACCAGUCAGGUGUUAUUAGUUAUUAGAACGACAUAAAUACAUAACGGUUUGCGGUGUGUUUGUUUGCCGAAAAAUUGUUCUGAACUUCAGCGUCUACCAGCUGCUGAGCUGUCCGAAUUGCACAGUUUCACAUUGUGUUAAGUCAGUUUGCUUGCAGUAGCGGCGGGGAUAGCCAGGCUGCCUUCUGCAAAGAAGUGACCAGAUGGCAAUGUGAUAUUUCAUUAUUUCUAAAUCUGUGUGUCUCGUUCAACUACUGCAAAGAAAAGAAGCUGAUCGCGACCAACCGAGCCCGCGCCUGGGGAAGAUACUGAGAGGUCGGUCCUCCAGUAGAGACGAUGUCCACCAUGGUGUACCCGCGGGAGGAGAAGCUGGAGAAGCUGUCCCAGGAAGAGAUCAUCUCCAACACCAAGCUGGUGAUCCAGGGCCUGGAGGCGCUGAAGAACGAGCACAACUCCAUCCUGCACAGCCUGCUGGAGACCAUCAAGUGCCUCAAGAAGGAUGAGGAGGCCAACCUGGUGCACGAGAAGUCCAACCUGCUGCGCAAGUCCGUGGAGAUGAUCGAGCUGGGACUCGGCGAGGCACAGGUGAUGAUGGCGCUGUCCAACCACCUGAACGCCGUGGAGUCGGAGAAGCAGAAGCUGCGGGCGCAGGUGCGGCGCCUGUGCCAGGAGAACCAGUGGCUGCGCGACGAGCUGGCCAACACGCAGCAGAAGCUGCAGAAGAGCGAGCAGAGCGUGGCCCAGCUGGAGGAGGAGAAGAAGCACCUGGAGUUCAUGAACCAGCUCAAGAAGUACGACGAGGACGUCUCGCCCACGGAGGAGAAGGACGGCGAGACUCCCAAGGACUCUCUGGAUGACCUCUUCCCCAAUGACGAGGAGGAGCACGUCCAAGGAGUGCCCCAGCAGCACAGCGCGGCGGUGGCGGCAGCCCAGCAGGGCGGCUACGAGAUCCCGGCGCGCCUGCGCACCCUCCACAACCUGGUGAUCCAGUACGCCUCGCAGGGCCGCUACGAGGUGGCCGUGCCGCUGUGCAAGCAGGCCCUGGAGGACCUGGAGAAGACCUCCGGACACGACCACCCCGACGUGGCCACCAUGCUCAACAUCCUGGCCCUGGUCUACAGGGACCAGAACAAGUACAAAGAGGCGGCCCACCUGCUGAACGAUGCCCUGUCUAUCAGAGAGAAAACACUGGGCAAGGACCAUCCUGCGGUGGCUGCCACGCUCAACAACUUGGCCGUGCUGUACGGGAAGAGGGGGAAGUACAAGGAGGCCGAGCCGCUCUGCAAGAGAGCCCUGGAGAUCCGCGAGAAGGUCCUGGGGAAGGACCACCCAGAUGUGGCCAAGCAGCUGAACAACCUGGCCCUACUGUGCCAGAACCAGGGCAAGUACGAGGAGGUGGAGUACUACUACGUGCGCGCCCUGGAGAUCUACGAGCGCCGCCUGGGCCCCGACGACCCGAACGUGGCCAAGACCAAGAACAACCUGGCCUCGUGCUUCCUGAAGCAGGGCAAGUACAAGGAGGCUGAGAUCCUGUACAAGGAGAUCCUGACGCGGGCCCACGAGAAGGAGUUUGGAUCCGUGGAUGCUGAGAACAAGCCCAUCUGGAUGCAUGCAGAGGAGCGGGAGGAGUUGAGCAAGACUGACCCCAAGGGCAAGCACAGAGACAACACCCCCUAUGGAGAGUAUGGGGGCUGGUACAAAGCCUGCAAAGUCAACAGUCCUACUGUGAACACGACUCUGAGGAAUCUGGGGGCUCUGUACCGCCGGCAGGGCAAAAUGGAGGCAGCAGAGACCCUGGAGGAGUGCGCCAUGAGAUCCCGCAAGCAGGGCAUUGACCCCAUCCACCAGACACGCGUGGUGGAGAUCCUGAAGGAUGGCGAGGGCGACCGCGAGCGCCGACGCAGCCGCGAGAGCCUGUCCAGCGUCAAGUACGACAGCGGCUCCGAGACCGGCCAGGAAGUGAGUAUGGGCAUCGAGUGGAACGGGGACGGCACCGGAGCGCUGCAGCGCAGCGGUUCCUUGGGGAAGCUGCGGGACGUUCUCAGGCGCAGCAGCGAGCUCCUGGUCAAGAAGCUCCAAGGGAAUGCACCCCCGGAGCCACGCAGCACAAACAUGAAGCGAGCUGCCUCUCUCAAUUACUUGAACAAGACCAGUGAAGAACCGUUUCAGCAGAGUCCAGCAGGCAGACGGCUGAGGGACACACGAGGUCUGAGCUCCAGUACAGUGGACCUGUACAGUGAGAACUGAGGUGACCUCAGCCUCCCCCCUCCUCCACGGAUGCAGUCGGCCCUCUCCCCUGUGUCCAAGAGCAGCUAUAUAACCCCAAAGACAAGCUCAUGUUCUCCCUUUCAGGUCUACUGAGCCCCAAAAAAGGCCUCUGCUUUUGUUCUAGGAAGAUGUUACACUUACCUCUCCCGUUUUGAAAUUGCACACUCUCAUAUAUUGUAUUUGUAGGAAAAUAUCGAUGAUGGUUGCUGCGUUUUAAUAUGCUGCCAUCUUGACUAACCCCACUCAAUAAUCGCAUUUAGUUACAUACUGUAGACCACCAUCUUUGAGCUCACAUCAUGUUAGUGUGCUGCAUUCAUGGGUUAGUAAUAUACUGUUGCAUUUUUUAUUUUAGUCUGUUUUUAAUGUUAGAUAUCAUGCUCACUGUGCCAUGUGUUUGGAUUUUAAGCCAUUUUAGUUGUAGUUGUUUGGGUUUGCCCUCAUGCUUACUCCAGUUUUAUUUUGAAAAGUGUGUGUAAUGCUUGUCAUUUUUUGGUUGCUAUGGAUAUUUUGAAAAGUGCAACUUGAUGGUAAAUGCUUUAACCUUGCCUACUCAUGCCAAUUGGAGAUUUAAUUUUCUCGGCAGUAUAAAGCACAAAUAAGAGAGUGAGUUUAUAUUCAUCUGUGGCUUCUCUGAAUUCACAAAUGUAGCCAUGGCAACACACAAGUGCUGGCAGUCUUGAGCUUGUUCUGGAUGUUUUCAGUGAUAUUUGGUUUCAUGGAAUUACUUGGUUCCAAUGACAGAAACACAUAAGCCGCUUUCAGACAUAACCUAUGGAGUAUAUGCGGAGGAUUGUCAAACGGAGGUCCGACUCUUCGGGUGAUUCCGAUAUGAUGCUUACCUGCGGACCUUAUACUGACCUUAUACUGACCUAUGUGUGAACAACAUACACACACGUUACAGAAUCUCCAUGUGGUCCUGUGCCUAACUAAUAUGGGAGAGAUGGAAGAUGACCUUUUGCUGCUUCUCUGUGUCCGGAAUUGUCUAAGCCUUAUUGAGUUGUCAGUUGUAAGUAACGUUACAUUUCUUCCCAGUAAUUCACAUAUAUGGCUCUAAGAUAUAUAUUUUUGUAAGAAAUUAAAGCCUUAUGUGAGAUGAAUAAGGAUCUCCGUAUAUAGCGUAGCUCCAUGUCGUAUUGGCUGUAUUAAAGGAGAAAUUUUCACAUUUCACUCAGGCAAGUUGCUACAUUAUAUGCAUGCCAACAAAUAUCAAGUCAAUGGGGAAUUUCCCCUCGGGGAUCAAUAAAGUAUCUAUCUAUCUAUCUAACGGUAUCUAUCAGCUGCCUGGUAGCUCUAGCUGUUGGCUGCAGAAACUCGAGGUAGGUAGAAUCAAUUGUUUCCUCAAGAAACAGAUCUCUGUGAAAAAUCACCGGAAUUCUCCUUUGAUGUGAAAAAUUGUAUCUAUCUUUAUCUUCACAUGAUCUGACAGAAUGGCUUGACAACAGACAUGCAUUUAUUUGUAUAUGCUAAUUAAUGAAAUAUGGCACAAAUGGCAUCCUCCCGUCACUUGUUGGGCAGAAAGCCACCAACAUGCAUAGGGUCUACUCAUUAUGGCCCAUCACUACAUGUAUGCCUAUUCUCCACACAUCUCCAUGUUGCCUGUACUUGUCCCAUGUAAAAAGUACAAUCCCACCUCAGAUCACUAAGAGUUCAUAUCGUACACACACACAGUAACAGGUUUCAUCUUAUAUCACUAAUAGCACUAAUUUAUAGUCCUGUUUCUAUCAGAUCUCAAUCAUCUCUUCACCACCAGAAAUCUGAAGCAUGCUGCUUACUCUGUGUUACUUAGAGACUUCCUUUUUCUUUCAUCAAAAACCUUUUGAUUUUGUAGCAAUUUCUGUUACAGCAUUGUGACCUCUUUAUGAAAACCAUACCCUGUUUCCAAGGUACUGAUGUAAUCAUACAGGGUGUACAAAGGGUGUGAAAUUUAGUGCAUAAUAAGAAUAACAAUUCAACCAGUCACCAUUGUUGUCUUUUAUUUUUGUCAUUGCUGUUCUUUUGGUCUGCAUUAGAUGGCAGUGCUGUGUCUUGAAUCACGUCGUGUCAGUGGUGUAGAUUGCUCUUACUGGCCACCCACACACGUCUGUUGUGCGAUUGAUGUAGUCAUAUGUAAGGCUUGAAGAUUUAAAAUCCAUCAAUUAUAGUUCAGCUGAACACCCACUCUCUCCCUAACAACUAUGUCCUGGGGCGCAACUAAACACAAAGCUGAAAGCAUUGCUUUAGGGUCAACAAGAUUUUUGAAUGUUAAAGAUUUGUACAGUGGAGCCUACUUUAUGUUUUUGUUGUCAUGUGUACUUUGUCAUUUUGUAAUGUCGAUUUUGGUCUCAACUUGAGUUGAAAUACACUGUGACUGAUCUCCCACUUAAGUGAUAUAAUGAUGUGAACCUAUUUCAUUUAUUUUGAAUGUGUGUUGUUGUUUUUUUUGUUGUUUGUUUGUUUUUUUGUCAUUGGAAGGGAAUUCUUGCCAGGACAGAAGCACUUGCAUGCACAGAUUGAUUGGGGAAACUGGACUUUGUAUAGGCCGGACAUAUAUUUUUAAUAACUUGUAAGAGGAAAUGGGGUAUGAGUAUACAAUAAAAUUCUAAAGCAGCAGGGAUUUUUGUGUCAUUUAUAAUCCUAUAUUUGUCCUAUGGCACAUCAAAAUGAAAGGAUAAAAGGCAUCCCACAGGUUACUAAUUGCUCUUUUUAGUUAUUCUUGAUCGUAAGGAAUCUCUUUUGAAAUGAUAACAUCUCUUGCUCCCUCUCUGAACUCUGUGGAUGUUGGGUACAGUACACUAACAGUGUCAAAACUUGUAAUGAUUGUGCUGUAUUGGGUUGAAAAAAGUGAUUUGAAGCCAAUAAAUAAUUCAUCUUUCGUUUUUAUUUGGG